AUGGGAUUAAAUCAAACAGUUCCUAAUCCAAAUAGUCAGUGUUAUUUUGAUAACUGGCCAUAUAUACAGCAGUUACCAGAUUACCAGAAUAUUGCUAAUAUGGAUUCUGGCCUUCACCUUUCAGACACCCAUAUAACAACCAAUCAAAUAUAUUCUUCAUAUUACCAACAACGUAAUAUGCCUUAUUUAAAUCUAUAUUUACACGAUAAUCUGAACCAUACUGAUGAGUAUAAAUUCAAUGUACAACAAGAUAAUUCGUACACGUGUCUAUCUAAAGACGAAUGUUCCUCGGAUUUUAAUUGUGAUAUUACAAUUAGUAGUAAUAACAUUUUAAUUCCUAGAGCCAGUUUACGUUUGGACCACAAAACCAAUAAUCUGAAUUGUGAUAAAAUUUGUACAGAUCCAUUAGUUAUACCAGAACAACAACAAAAUGUCUGCUUUUCUAACAAAAAUGAUACUUGUACGAUCUUAUCUACUGAGCAGGAUACCAACUAUAAAUGUACUGUUACUGAGGUUCAAAGUAUUCAUACAAAUGAUUGGACAGGUAAGGAGUCAUCUAGUUGCUCUAGUAAUUUCCGUGUUAAAAUAAAUGAAAGUGAAACACCAGUUAAGUUGACGGAAUAUUUCUCAAAUGAUCAUCAAGGGAACCGGACAAAUGAAGUUUUUUACACACAGAAUGUAGCCACUACCUUACUAUCUGUCACUGAAACACCAGAGUCAAUACUAUAUUGCUGCUCAUCACAUGAAAAUUCGAAUCUAACUGAAAUUACUAAAAGUAAAGCAGAAAAACUGAAAUUAUAUCAAGUUGGUGGAUCAAAUCAAUCAACAGUCAUUUCUAAAAAAAGUGAUCAUGAAUACUGCUCAUGUUCUGUCACUACUGAAACACCAAAUGAUUCAUUUGAAUUAAGAAUAUGCAAUACCCGUCAGUCUAAUAUCAAUACUUGUUCUUCAGAACACAUAUAUAAUACAUCUGAAGCUCUUCUUAUGUCUACUUUUGAUGAACUGAACUGUGUGAAAAGUGAGCGGGACAAUCUUUCCGAGCAUGUUUCGGUCUUGCAAAAGGACUUAGCCAAUGCUGUUGCUAACUUAACAACUUAUCAGAAAGAGGCAGAAAUGCAGACGCUUAACGCUGAACGUGAAAAAGUUGCCCAUCAACAAACACUCGAGGCUCAUCAACUUACUAUUGUGGAACUUAAUAAUGCCAAAGCCGAACUUGUUAACGUGCAAAAGUUAGUUAGUGAACUUCGUCAGGAAGUUGUCUCUUCAAAAGAAGAAGUCGCACUAUUGCGGGCGCACGAAGAUGAAAAUCGUUCUCUCUAUGAAACGGAAAUCAAUUCAAUGAAAUCAAUUGUUAAGAUAACAAGCGAUCACCUAUCAACACUGGCAGAAUCACUCCACAAUGCGCUGAGUGAAAAAGCUAUACUGCAGAGGGAAUUCAAUCAUUUGAAAAAUAUGAUUCAUGGUCAAUUACAGAAAUUUCGUUUAUUCACUCGUUUGGAGUUAUAUGACGAAUCUAAAAUAGUCAACCAAUUUUCCGUUGGUUCAUUAGCUGCUCUUGGAAUUUAUUUAGAAAAUCUGGUUGAUGGUAAUUCUCAGAUAAAUUUUCAUACAAAGUCACCUCUCGUAAUAUGCUUGUCAGUGACUCAGCUCAAAAUAUAUAGUCAUCAGUUGAUGUACAUUUUCAUUCAUAUGGCAUUUACUUUUAAACUGUAUUGCCUCAAGCGUGAAGAUCACUUCAGUCUUUCACUUUUAGAUUCAUAAAUAAUUUUUUAAUAUUAGCAGUAUUUCUUCAAAUGAUUAUGAACUCAGUAAAAAAAUCUCUUGAACGUGAGAUAAUUUCAUUGUGCUAAUUAUUUUGUACUGUUCAGACCUAAGUUAACAAUGGGUUAUGUUUGCUUUACUUCGUCUUAAAUAUUUUGAUUUAUUCUUUGUGUAUGAUUAGGUGAGG